UUCACUUAACAAGAAUAAUGUUUUUGUAUUCAUAAGAAUUUAAUUAUUUAUAAUUAGCAUUAUUGUGUUUAUAAAUAACAAAACUAAUAUAAUUAUAUAUAAAGAUAUGGAAAGUAAAUUAAAUAAUGAGUACAAAGAACCAUCUGUCAUGUCAAAAGAUCCUGAGGAACGGAUAUUAGCGAGAAGAAUGAGAAUACAAAAGCGAUUAGAAAGAAUAAAAAAACAAGAUGAUAAAGAAGAUAAAGAGUUGGAUACGAAAACUGAAACAGAAAAACAAAUAGAAGCAAGUGCUGAGUUAAUGCAAAAGUUAGUUGAUGAAGGCGAUGAAGUGAUUUCAAAUGUCAGAAUAGCUAAUGAAGCCCGUGAACUUCAUCGGCAAGAACAAGAUUUUGCGAUUCGUAAAAUUUUAGUUGAAAAACUUGAAAGUGAGCUUGCAGAUUCGUUAAAUAAAUAUGACGAAAUAAAUUCAAAGUGGUCGGAGUUAUUGGAUUCAAAAGAUCCAUUGGAUAUUUACGACGGUAUUCAAUCACAGAAUAAUAAAUGUCAGCAAGUUUUGGCGCAAAAAGAUGUUAUUAUUGCAGAAUUAAAAAAUGCACUUGAAAAUGCUGAUAUUAAAUUUUCCGAUGAUCUGAAAAAUCAAGACGAAGAUAUCGAUAUAUUAAUCGAUCGAAUUGAUACUCAAAUAAAUAUAAUAUGUAAAGCAUAUCGGCGUGAGUUAGUUUUAAUAGAAGACGCAUUAAAAAAUGAACGAAGUAAAAUAUUGGAAGAUGUGACUAAGAAAUGGGAUGCGUUGUAUAAAGAACGUCAGGAUAAUGAGAUCCGAAGUGUAGAACGUAGACGUGAAAUAAUGCGUGAAUAUGAAAAUGAAAUGAAUCGUGUAUUGAUUGAACAUCAAGAGCAGUAUCGUGCACAAAAGAUCUGGCUGGAAACCGAGUGUCAGAAGCUUCAACAGGAUGUUGAAAAUAUGAAGGCGCUUUGUAUGAUUAAUCUUGAAAAAUUGAAUUACAGUUAUACUGUUCUUAAAAAACGUCAAGAUGAAAAUGCAAUUAUUAAAAAUCAACAAAAACGACGAAUCAAUAAACUUCAAGAUAUCGUCGCAGAAUUAAAAAAAAAUUAUGCAGAAUUGGAAAACUCAACGCGUUUAAAAAUAGAAAAAUUACAGGAUCAAAUUAUUAAAACACAAAAAAGUAUUGAAGAAUUGCAAUCUAAAUCAAAUCAUUUUACUUACGUUAAUGAUAGACAAUUUAUGCAGAUUUGGGAAAUGAAUACCCGUAACGCUGAUAAAUUAUUGGAUCAAAUUUUUAAAGUGGAUAAAAUUGUGUAUGAACAAAUGCUGGGAUUAGAGUGGGAGCCACCCGAAGAGAGUCUUUUAAAAAAAGAAGAUUUACCGUCAUAUCAAGAGGCCAUGUGUAUUAUUAAUAAAAGUAAUAAUGAACAAGAUUCCAUGAUCAAAUUAUGUCAGCUAAAAAAAGAUACAUCUCCCGAACGAGUAAAUUUAGAGAGAAAAUUAUUAAAUUAUAUAAUGAAAAUGAUAUCGGAUCAAACUGGAUUUCUGAUUGAGGACAAAGUUCAUGAGCUUUUGAAAAUUCAUACCCAAAAAGCUCAAGUCGUUAUUAAACUCGAUCAUGUAUUUCAAGCAUUAAAUAUUACAUCUGAAGAGCAAAUUCAUUUAUUAAUUAACUUUUUUUUGCCUUAUUCCUACUGCUCCAGAUGCUCAGAAGAUAAAACCACUGAAUUAUCAGAUGAAUUAAAUAAAGAUUUGCUAAUAGAAGAGUCAGUAGAUAAAAUAAAUCUCGAUGAUACGACAUCGAUUAUGGAUGAAAAAACAUUGCGAUUAAAAGAAGAAAUUUUAAAAUCAAUUUCAUCCGAGGCUAAAAAUGAUAACAAUCAAGAUCCAGGGAAAGAUGAACAAGAAGAUAUGGAAUCAAAACACUUGAGUGAUGUUACGAGUGUUGGUAAAAAAAGUGAAUCAGAAGAAAUGAAAUUAACUUGCGAUAAGGGCCACUUGUUGGAAAUAAAAUCUAAAAAUGUUAUAAAAGCUCUCCGUGAAUUUGUGGAAAAAUACAGUAGAGUAACCACACGUGGAUUAUCUGACAGCAAACAGGAAAAAGUUAUUCCUGAUAAUAAAAUAGUCUUGUCACGAAGUAUUUCUGAGAAAGAUAUUAUCGAGUACUGGCGACGUUAUAGAGAUAUAUUUUCAACGGAUAGAGAAAAACUUUGGGAUGCGCUGAUGAUUGGAUUACAGAAAUAUCAUGAUAUUUUGAAGGACCGACAUAAAUUGAUGGGCGAAAUUGAAGGAAUACAGAGACAAAAUUCUGAAUUACGUCGAUUGCUUGAGAGUUGCAAAGUAAAACCUGAUACUGGAUCAAUGCAACGGAAAGCAAAAUCAGCCAAUCGAUUCAAUUAA